UUCAGAACAGAGUCUACACAUACAACGGAAACAUGAGAGGAGCGAUAUUAUGGUUACUCGGGGUAGCAGCAGUGGCUUCCCUGCCGCUGUCGGACCCCCCCCGCACGGAACAGGACCUCAUGCAGCUGAUCCUCGAGGCACUACCCGGAGAAAACGACCUUGAAGGAAACGUAGUCAAGGACCAUCCUGAGGCUGCCCUGAGUGUGCCGGUAACCACCCAGUCGUCCGUCAAUGUGACCUCCAAUGUGCCCAGCGACCCGGCUGGCACUGUGCCUGCCGAUGAUACUUCUGCCCCUGUCGUCACUACGCCUGAGCAGGAACAGGUGCAGCAGCAGCAGCAGCAGCAGGUAGCGGAGGAAAACCAUGAACAGGUAACUGAACAAGAGCAGAUGCCCGAAGAGGUAGAACAAGUGCUUGAGCAAGAACGGGCGCCCGAGCAGGAACAGCAAGGGCCUGAGGAGGUGACGUUGCCCGAGCAGGAACAAGUCCCCGAAGAGGUACAACAGGUUCCCCAGCAGGAAGCAGAAGAACCAAUCCCCGAGCAGGAUCAGCUCCCUGUCGGACCGCAGGCGAACCUCCCGUGGGUGAAGUACUUUAUCCCUAACACAGACGAAGACCCCGAGAUUCCUGGAGAACCUCUCGUUGACAUUUCCGAAGAACCUCUUGUUGACAUUCCUGAAGACGGUUUUGUAGCAGAACCCCAAGAUGGCGUAGAGGAAAUUUAUGUUCCCGAGGAAUUCCCCGAAGACAUCGUUGACGUUCCUGAAGACAACUCUGAAGAACCUAUGGCUGUUUUUAUUGACGAAGAACCCGAGAUUGUAUACAUUCCUGAAGAAUCUCUUGUUGACAUUCCUGAAGACGGUUUUGUAGCAGAACCCCAAGAUAGCGUAGAGGAAAUUGAUGUUCCCGAGGAAUUCCCCGAAGACAUCGUUGACGUUCCUGAAGACAACUCUGAAGAACCUGUGGAUGUUUUUAUUGUGCCUGGAGAUGUGCCUGAGGGCUUUAUGCCUGAAGAGACGUAUGAUGGCCCUGAGGGCUUUAUGCCUGAAGAGACGUAUGAUGGCCCUGAGGAAAUUCCCGAAGAAAUCUAUGAAAACCCUGACGUGCCCGAAGAGGCUUUUUCUGUUCCUGAAGAAGUUACUGACGACCUUGAAUAUAUGCCACAGGUAUUUGAGGGCUCUGAGGACUUCCCACAAGAAGCGUUUGGCCCUGAAGCGAUUAUUGACUAUUUUGAUACUCCCGCAGAAGUUUUUGAUGCCGAAGAGGUAAUUCGUAAGCUUAACUUUGAUACCUUCGAAGACGCUUCUGCAGAUGUUUUUAAUGGACAUCAAGGGACCCCUGAAGUUCCAGAAGGUUUUUAUGAUAUUCUUGGGGAGCGCCCCGAGGGGAUGUUUGUCCCUGAAGAAUUCCCACAAGUCGAUGGCCCUCAAGACUUCCCUGAAGGUCUCUCUGAUGGUGCGGUUUCUGUAGGAGUUCCUGAAGAAGUCUCUGAGGAUGCGUUUGAUGGUCCUCAAGGGGCCCCUGAAGGUUUCUUUGGUGCUCCUGAAGAAGCAUAUCCUGAAACUAGUCCCUUAAUACCUGAACUCGUCCCAAUAAAAGUGUCUCAUAUGGGCCAGGAAUUCAUUGAGACCAGCGAGUCAGAAGAGGACUCCGAGGAAGACGAACUUGUGAAUGUUGAGCCUCAAGAAUACCCACAAGAGGAGACCUAUGACCAACCCAUCUUAUAUUUCGUAGCUGAAGAGGAAACUUUCGUGCCCGAGAAUGCUGACUACACUCCCGAAGAGGAAUACAACUUCUACGGAAAUUCUGGCAUGGAGCAGGAUAUGCCACAGAUGGAUGAAAGGGAGUAUAUCCCCGACGAUGCACCCAUCGCGUCGGACAAUCAUUAUGUCAGGGAGGAACAGCUAAUGAUUGAAGAUGGUGCAUUUAUGCCUGAGGAUGGGAUCUCUAACGACGAAGCUAUGAUGGAUACUGUGAACCUCCACACCCCUGAAGGUGAUGUAAUCAUACCUGGGUUCCUUCCAGACAUGUCGGAAGAGACCUCUUCGGAAGAGGAUGUUCCAGAGCAGUUCUACCCGCAAGGUGUGGAGUCUGAGGGCGAAGGCAGUUUACAUUUCUACCUGCCUCAUCUCCUAGAGCGGACCAGCCUCCUUUCUAUCAUCCCCAUCACACCCAUCGCUGGAGAAACAUUCCGCCCUGACGAGCCUUUGCUGCCCAUUGCCGAAGAGCCACAGACAGACGAGGCUGAUCAGCUGACGCCCAUCAUGGUCGACAAUCAGACAUUUCUCAUCCCCAAUGAAAAUGACAGCCAGAGAAUAAUUUUUCCCGAGGAUGAAGAGCCCACCCAGAGCCUCCCUGUCUUCCCUGGCCAGUGGGACGAUGAGAAACAUUUUUUUCUACCAAUCGAGGAAGAGGUUGAUAGAGAUGACCAGCCACUGACUGAGGAAAAUUUCCCAGAAUUCGAGGAACAACAACAACCAACUCGAGAAUUCCUUGAGCAAAGUUUCCGCUUCCGCCCACAGCCACCGAUGAGAAGACCCAUAUUUCCCACAGAGGAAUCUCAGGACUACUUCGACGGCCCACAGACUCCUCAGAGGUCUGGCUAUUUCCACCCCGAGCCAAUUCCUGAGCCAAUCCCUGAUGAUGAUGAUGAUAUAAUUUACCCUGAUUAUGACAUGCCAGCUGGACACAUGCACUUUGACUAUUUCAUGCAGCCUCGCUACCCACAGCUGUACGGCAGAAACGGCUAUUACCCACAGUCAAUCAACGAGCCUUCCAGGAAUCUAGAUUUCACCCCACAGAACUACCAGAUAUACGGACCACGUUUCGGACAACAAAGCAACUCACCUUCUCAGUUCUCUCCUUUCAACUUCAGGACUGCUAUGCCUGCAAGGUCCCCCUACAGGCAAGGUUAUCAGGGUCCUUUCCAAUUUUACUCAGGGCGGGUCGCACCACAAAGCCAGUACGAAACCAACUACGGUUAUCCUUGGAACUACAACUCUCCUUCCCUCCGUCCUGUGUGGUAGGCCCGGAAGGAAGACGAAGGUGGACGACAUACUGAGGCAACACCAUGAUAAUGUCUGUCAAGCAAUGCUGUAUCAUACACUGCACCCUAAGAACAAAAAUACUGGAAUGUCUUCUGGUGUUGGUAGGAAUUGUAUAAACAUAUCUUUGACAACAGUAUCUAGUAAUGAUGUAUUAAUAUAAAGCUAAGAUCAUGUCGUUAACUAUUUAUACGAAAGUUAUACUGUAUUUUCGAAGACAACUGAUGUCAUAAGCAAAGCUUAAGAACACUUUGACGAAGUUGAAUAAGAUUAGAGUUUCUAGACAAUGUAACAUGUCUCAAUGUUUGUGUACCUUGGAUUCGUGGCAUUCAUUACCCUAUUAUUAUAACAUCAUCAAAUGAUGUACAUGUAAUUCUAUAUAUAAAAUUAUAAAAUGUU